CGGAAAAUCCCAAUUUUCCCGGAAAUUUUCAGACAAAAUCGCGUUGAGAUUCAACAACUUUGAGUGAGUUUUUUUUUUUGUCAUUUACCUUUGUCGCUUCGACGUGAGACGAGCCGUGGAAGAAGACGAAAGGGCUCUUAAGCUCUCUUUACUCUUUUCUUCUCCUCCUCUUUUUGAGAUGGGAAGCCCUAACGCCGCCGCCGAGACGGAUCUAACAACCGAUGAUUUCAUCGGAGACACACGACGGGACUCUGGUUCUGAUACAGAGACCAACACCGAUUGUGACGGAGAAGAUUUGCCUCUUCUUCUGCUACCUGCUCCUCCCGGCCACUUCGAAGAAGGAGAGAGAGUUUUAGCCAAACACAGUGAUUGCUUCUACGAAGCCAAGGUUCUUAAAGUUGAAUUUAAAGACAAUGAAUGGAAAUAUUUUGUGCAUUACAUUGGUUGGAACAAAAGUUGGGACGAAUGGAUAAGGCUGGACUGUCUGUUGAAACAUUCAGAUGAGAAUAUUGAGAAACAGAAAGAACAGGGUUUGAAACAGCAAGGGAUUAAGAGUGCUAUGGCUUGGAAAGUGUCAAAGAUGAAACCUAGAAGCCCUAAUGUUGCUAGAGGAAGAAAGCGGAAGCAAGAUUCUGUUGAUACGGAGAAGAAUGUGCUUCCCUCUGACAACCUUUUAAGUUUCAAUAUUCCACCAGCAUUAAGGAAGCAACUUCUUGACGAUUUUGAAUUUGUUACUCAGAUGCAGAAGCUUGUGCAACUUCCGCGUUCUCCAAAUGUGGAUGGCAUCUUGAAGAAGUACAUUGACAGCCAAAUGAAGAAACAUGGCAGGGUAACAGAUUCAUUAGAGGAAAUUCUGAAAGGCUUGCGUUGCUACUUUGACAAAGCUUUACCGGUGAUGUUGCUUUACAACAAUGAACGGAAGCAGUACGAGGAAUCCGUAUCAGGGGGUGUUUCUCCUUCAACUGUGUACGGAGCAGAGCAUUUGUUGCGACUCUUUGUGAAAUUACCGGAGUUGCUAGUACAUGUGAAUAUGGCAGAAGAGACAUUGAAGGAAUUGCAGGACAACUUUGUUGAUAUUCUCAGGUUCUUGAGGAAGAAUCAGAGUGUGCUUUUUGUAUCGACAUACAAAGCAGUGGAAGAAAUGGAGAAGAAAGAAGGUUAGGAAAUUGUGCCUAAUGACGUGUUCUUGUAAGUAUGUGCAGCGAAUCUUCUCUUUGUAGUAUUUUGUAACGAGACCUAAGACCAUCCUGACCAUCCUUAUUGAUGGUCUCUUAACAUAACUCUUAUGUUAAGAGAUAUGUCUUAUAAUUAACAAAAGUGACUUAAAGUCUCUUAUAUAAGAAAUUUUGUUAGUUAUAAAACAUGUCUCUUAGCAUAAGAAUUGUUUUAAGAGAUCAUCAAUAAUGAUGAUCUAAGAACUAUUAUACUAUGUUCCGUCUCGAUUUUGAAAGUACUUAAACGUCGUUAUCGUGUUUGUCUCGGCGUUUUAAAUUCCACUGUAUUAGUAAGAAUUUAUUUUUAAAAUAACUUUAGUCAUUUUUAAUUAUCUCUUCUCCCUUUUCAAUU